AAGAGAAAGAAAGAGGGAAGCUUCUUAUUAACUCUACAGGUCGGCCCAGACGCGACUAAAGGUUGGACAGAUUGUGAUAGUAGUUCAGCCAUAAGCUAGGGAGAUUUUUCAGUCCCUUGGUUUGCAGGAUAAGAAAAAUUUCCCUGUGGUGGGUUGUCCCUGAUAGGAAUGAGCAAAGUGCGUUGAAAUCACGCCUGAGAUUGCCUGGAGUAAACUUGAAAAAUGAGAAAGAAUAAUUUUCUGCAAGAGGAGGAUAAUCACUUGGAGAUGACUCGGGCUAGAUUUCUGAAAUUGGAAUGCAUUUUUCUUCUUGGAGUCUCAAAUGUGCUUAAAAGGCAUGGAGAAUUAGCAGAACGCCUGUCUAGGGACUCUGAUAAGAUGAUAUUUGAGCGUUUGCAGAGAGAAUUUGAAGCUGCUAUUGCUUCUCAAACUCAAGAAAUUUCUUUAGAUGGUGAGCAGUGGAAUGAUGGAUUAUUGGCUACAAUAAGGGAGCGGGUUCAUAUGGAGGCUGAAAGAAAGGCAAUGCAAUUGCCAGGGGAUACAAGCAUGUUGCAUGGUCUUCCUUUUCAUGAUAAAAUCACUUACAAAGUUGCAAACAAGAUUAUCUGUUGUUUGGAAGGAGCAAGGAUCGGCAUACAGUAUGAGACAACAUUUGCAGGAGAACCCUGUGAAUUGUUCCACUGUGUGCUUGAAAGCAAGUCAUUUCUUGAAAAGAUGACUGUCCUUGAGCAUACAGUACCUUUUUUCCUACCAAUACGUGAAGCUGAAAAUGAGUUUCUCUCUUCAAAUGCGAUGAAAUUCAUAGAUCAUGUAGGAGAUCUAUUGCAGGCCUAUGUUGAUAGGCGUGAACAGGUUCGCCUUAUCAAGGAAUUAUACGGAAAUCAAAUCAAAGAACUUUACCAUAGUCUUCCGUACCACAUGGUUGAAUUUUUGCUUGACGAUUAUGAUUGUAAGGUGACAGUAAGUCUUAGAUAUGCAGAUCUUGUCUCUAUACUUCCAACUGGAGUCAGUGUCCUGGCAUGGCCAAUGCACAGGAAUUUCAUGAACAAGAAGGGAGGCGGACCAUUAGGGAGUAAAACCAUUCCAGAAAGGCUGUCUUAUGCAGAGGAUGCUUUACGAACCAUGAGUUUACCUGAAGCUUACGCAGAGAUUGUUUUGAACCUCCCUCAUACUCUGCAGGAGAUAUAUCCGCACAAUGCUUCUUCAUAAUCUCUCAACUUCAUCACUGUAGAGAACGCUGAGAAAUGGAGAGAUGGUUUAUGCAGAGACAUUGAUUUGCCAGUCACAGUGCUUGUUGUUCCUGAGCGGAGUAUGCAUAGGUGAAUUUUGAUUGGAGUAAGAGGUUGAGUUCUAUCAUUUCUCUUGGUUGUAAUGCUAUAAGCAUCCAGUCUCUAUCCUCCACAUGAAUGAUGAUUUUUUUGGGUUGCUGAUGUUACCGUGCAUAUCCCAUUGAGGAGAAGCUAGUAGGAUAGUAACGGGACCAUAUAUAUAUAUAUAUAUAUAUUGUGCUUCUGCUUUUAGGUUGACAUCAUGUCUGCUCCACAAAGCUAAAGCAGUAAAAUCCCUGUUAAAGAGGGAGGGGGGAAUCCCUAUGUUUCUGUAUGGAUGGUAAUCAUAGUCUCUAGGAAUUUAACUUUUGUCUUGUUGGGGUCGGCAUUUGGCAAGUAUGAUCAUCAUGUCA